CGCGUCAGUCUGACAGACCUAGACGGGGUGCUAUUGUAUAACUCGGGCCUUCGGUCUUUUUAACUCAAGGCUUCCAGGAGGACCGGCUGCUUUCUGUCUAUUUCUCCCCUAUUUUCUUCCCCUCUCCCCGCGGAGGUAGAGCCGGAGCAGCAGCGGGGCUCGGUGUUGCAUCGGCCGCUGGCGGAGGACCUGCACAUGUCGGCGCGGUGAGGGAGCGUUGGUUUCCCCGCCCUGAUACAGGAGGAGGAGGUUGUGUGGAAGAGGUUUGAACCGCAACAUUAUCCACCUCUGUGAGACAAAAAUAAAUAAAACACACAGCAGGUGCGGCCGCUGUAACGGUCGAAAGAGGAUCCGUUGAAACGAGCGAGAAGGACAACAGUGAUGCGGCAGCCGAGGUGGGCCCAGAUUGAUGAUUUUAUGAUAUCAUCAUCCACCGCCAGGACCGAUCACUGAUUGUAUUGAUAAGGAGCAUCAUCGAGGAGAUUCAGCUAUAAACUGACCCGGGGUCCGUUUGUUUGUUUUUGAUCCGGAUAAACAGGCAAGGUGCUUGAUACAGUGAUUUCUCAACAACAGGAGCUCAGUUAAAGAAAUACAUAUCCGAAUUUAGGCCCAUGACUUAGUCUGUGUGUGUGACGCCAAUACAGCAGCAGAGAGGCGUGUGUGUGUGAGGGGAGGCGCGCCUGUCUGAGCAUCAUCUGGUAGCUGCACGGGCUACUCCUCCACGGGGAUGAUACACAAGCGAUUUUACAUCUGUGUGUGAAAAACCGAAGAAUCAGGGAUGAUGCUGCUGCCGUUUCCGGUGCGGCUCUGAUAGAGACAGCGAGGCGCACAGCACGGGACUGGACAUCCAGAAAAUCUCUCUCCUCACCUCUCCUCCGCCUCUGCACCUUCUCCCCCCUUUAUCUCUCCCCCCCUCCUCUCCUCCUCCUUCCUUGAGCUUUUAUCAUUCUGAUCAAUUGAUUAUCCAUCUGUGAUUCAGAUAGCCACCCACUCCUCACUUCUUUCACCCUUUCUCAAGCGUCCCCCUUUACGCACACACACCAAGGCGCACAGGCCGCCGUCUACAGCCAUCAUGGAGACGACCAAGCUGCCUCCUUCCAGCCCGUCCUCUCCGACCACCAGCUUCUCGGUGCCGUCCGCGGAGAAGGUGGAUGGUUUCCCGCGGAGGUCGAUGCGCAGAGCCCGGCAGAGGAGGUCCCACAGCUCCUCCCAGUUCCGGUACCAGAGCUCCCAGGUGGAGCUCACCCCGCUGCCCCUGCUCAAAGACGCCCCGGUGGCAGAGUUACAUGACCUGUUCUGUAAGAAGCUGCAGCAGUGCUGCGUGCUGUUUGAUUUCCUGGACUGCGUGGCCGACCUGAAGGGGAAGGAGAUCAAACGUGCGGCGCUCAACGAGCUGGUGGAGAGCGUGGCCACGAGCAGAGGAGUUCUCAUAGAGCCUCUGUACCCCGAGGCCAUAAAGAUGAUCUCAGUAAAUAUCUUCCGGACCCUCCCGCCCAGCGAGAACCCAGAGUUUGACCCUGAGGAAGAUGAACCAACACUCGAAGCCUCCUGGCCGCAUCUGCAGCUGGUGUACGAGUUCUUUCUGCGUUUCCUGGAGAGUCCGGACUUCCAGCCCUCCAUGGCCAAGCGCUACGUCGACCAGAAGUUUGUCCUGCAGCUGCUGGAGCUGUUUGACAGCGAGGACCCCAGGGAGAGGGAGUACCUAAAGACCAUCCUGCACCGUGUCUAUGGAAAAUUACUGGGACUCCGAGCGUACAUCCGCAAACAGAUCAACAACAUCUUCCUCAGGUUCAUAUAUGAAACUGAGCACUUCAACGGAGUCGCGGAGCUUCUGGAAAUCCUCGGCAGCAUCAUAAACGGCUUCGCCCUGCCCCUGAAGGCCGAACACAAGCAGUUCCUGGUCCGGGUUCUCAUCCCGCUACACACGGCAAAGUCCCUUUCCAUCUUCCACGCACAGCUGGCCUACUGUGUGGUGCAGUUUAUGGAGAAAGAUGCUACAGUGACUGAAUACAUCAUCAGAGGGCUGCUCAAGUACUGGCCAAAAACGUGCACGCAGAAAGAGGUGAUGUUCCUGGGGGAGAUUGAGGAGAUCCUGGAUGUAAUCGAGCCCUCUCAGUUCAUCCGGGUCCAGGAGCCGCUCUUCAGGCAGAUCGCCGCCUGCAUCUCCAGCCCUCACUUCCAGGUAGCGGAGCGGGCUCUUUACUUCUGGAACAACGAGUACAUCCUCAGUCUGAUCGAGGAGAACUGUCAAGUCAUCCUGCCGCUGGUGUUCGCCACGCUGUACAGAGUCUCCAAGGAGCACUGGAACCAGACCAUCGUGUCUCUGAUCUACAACGUGCUGAAGACCUUCAUGGAGAUGAACAGCAAGUUGUUUGAUGACCUCACUGCCUCCUACAAAGUGGAGAAACAGAAAGAGAUGAAGAGGGAGCGGGAGCGUGCCGAUCUCUGGCGGGGUCUGGAGGAGCACCAGGACCGCCGGAUGCAGAUGCUCACAGAGGCCGCCAGGAACCAGCGAAACCUCCAGGAGCGAGGCGAGAGAGGGGACCCGCCGAGCCCCUCGUCCCCGCAGACGGCUCACUCCGACCAGCCCGAGCCCAAGCCCAGCGGGGCCUCCUCUUCCUCUGGAGCCGGGGAGAGCGCCACCUAGGUGCUGCUCCACGGAGAAUGGAUAGCACGGGGUUAGGGGACAGGGAGACGACACAAGGUUGAUGGUGAAAAGUGUUGGGAGAGAAAAGGUACAAAACAAAUCCACAGCUCUUUUUAUCUUGUAUCAUGGAGGGCGUGGCUUUUUGUGAAAAAGCGCACAAGCUCAGUGAUCCGAGGUAAAGGCUGCACCUUUCUUUUCUGACAGAGUUGUGUGAAAGUGGUUCACUUUUUGCUGUACACACAUCAUGUCGCAGAUCAGAAGAUGAAUAUUGCCCAAAAGUGCAGACUGUCAUUUUAAUCAGCGGCUGGUUCCUAACUGCAGGUCAGUAUCCAAACAUUGGUAGCUGGCCUGCUUAAAAUCAGCCUCAAAAUAAGAGAUGAAAUUUCUCUUUUGGUGCAACACUUACCAAGUUUAACGUGUCUAACUUGUCUUGAUAUUUAACCAACCGAGUCUGUACUGUGGCCGCGUAUUUAUCUUUUGCUCAGAGAUGCUUAUUUCAUGCGUGGACAGCACAAUACAUCAAUAAAACAAAGGAAGCAAUUUCACACAAAUGUCCCGAAACUGUUGCUGCACAGACCAGAAACACACAGAAACACACACAUAGUCGCAGGUACAUAUUUACUGUAAAUAUGAGUAGACAGAGCAGAGAGAAAAUGUAUCAAACAAAAAAAAUGCAUCAAAUUAUUUCAUCCCGUUUUUGUUCCACACACCCCCAAACAAACACACACACACACACACAUACACACACAGCUGGUUCUGCCGGGUUGGUCGGACCUAAAGUCUCUGAUGAAGAUGAUGAUGAUGAUAUAAAGUACAAUACUGUUCCUUCUUCUUACUUGUUACUCUACUACUACUACUCUACUCUAAGUACUACUGAUGAUGAUGAUGAUGAUGAUGAUGAUAAUGUUUUUAUAUAUAUACAUAUGUCUCUGGAUAUUUCUGUAGUGUAUUAUGGGAGAAACACUAGUGUAGCAGAUACCAUAGAGGGGAAGGCCGGCUGGAAUUCUGGGUUCACACGUUGGCUGUACGCGGCCAUCAUGGUGAGUGCUGGAAUUCAGCCGAGUUCCCCUUUAACAGACCUUAAAGAGUAGGGGGAUGAACUGGACUGGUGGUGGCUGUUUUUCUUUUACUUUGAAAAUCGGGAUGUUUGUGGUGCGGCGGGCUUAAUUUAAAAGGGGUAUCUCGUAACAAAUCCAAAAACAUUCCAUAUUUAGAGAUAAUUUUGCGCUAGGCUGCCAAGUGGAGCUUUCUUGUAAACAAAGUUGUUUUUAAAUCCAGUGUUGCUCAACAAAACACAUAUACCAAAUGUGAUGACCUCCUUAUAAAACACUUGAUUUUUAGAUAUUUGAACUCUUUAAUUGUUUACAUCCAUGUUUACCUGCUAGCAUUUUUCUUCUUCCCUGUUUUAGCAGCACACUGCUAACUUUCUUUGCACAUUUUCGCACACAAACAAUGGAAUAGCAUGAAACUGGUAGCAUGAUGGGAAUCACAUUGCCCCUUGUGCGUAAUAGAAACAUAACAGGCCCGCUUAAUCAAAACAAAAACUCCACAGGGUACCUUUUAUUUCAAAUUUGCAGCACACAAUUGUCUUUUUUUGUUUACAAUGUACUAAUUUGCUUCCAUACUUAUCGCAAAGUUGAAGUUUUUAACCCCCCAAUUUCUAACCAAAAAUGUAUCCAUGCAUAAUAGCAAACCCCACCCCACACAGAGGUUACCGGGGUACAAAUGAAGCGCACCACAAGUGUUUCAGACUAAAAAGAAAAACACACAUCCAGUUUGAUUUCCGAGCCGGAGCGUCUGUUCCUUUAGGCAGAGACCUGACGCUGCUAGGUGGCGACUUGGUGUGAACCGAGAAAAAUCAGUUGAUUCUUGUCUGAUCAUGAUGAAAAAGUGACGCGGUGAAUAGAAAGGGGAAAAAAAAACUGGAAAAAAAAUAUUUUAGCAAUAUUUUCAUUCUUUCAGGAUAAUCUGUGUUUUUUAGGGGGUUAAACAGGAAGUGGGUGUCACUCUCAAAUGUUUACCCCCCACUCUUGUUUUUACUCCUGUUGCGUCCUUGAUAUUCACAUUGUCUUAAAGGUACUUUCUGUGUACAUUUAUUUAAAGAAUCUUUGCUUUGUAAUUACGUUGUUAAUUUCUCUUUGUUUUUGUAUGAUCUUGUUCAUUUUGUGGAAUUCUGAUACUGAUGCUAUUUAUUUUCUAUUUGAUCAGGAAAUGUAACCUUAUUUGAAGAUGAUGGUCAGGUUGUGUGUGUG